CCUCUGCUGAGUAGUGCUGGGGUCACUGUGGUGAUUGAGACCUAGUCAGGGAGGGCUUCCUGCAGGAGGUGGCAUCCUCCAGCUGAGACCUGGAGGACAACAAGGAGUGAGCUGAAGGGAAAAGACCUUGGCUGAAUCCCUCUUGCCUGAAACCCCAUAAUCUGGCAUCUCCCAUUAAAUUCACAAGUGGUCCUUGAUCUAUGCCAGGCCAGGGAACUGAGGAUACAAGAAUGAUCAAAAUGGCUCUGCCCUCAUGGGCUCCUGAUCUGUCAACUAAUCAUCAAUGAAUCACACAGAUGGUAACAGAGAGUGCCAGGCACUAUUCAAAGCAUCUUAUAUGUAUUAAUUAAUUCGUACAACAAUCCCAUGAGGUAGCUCUUUUAUAAACACUUUUUAAAAUUUAAUUUUAUUUUUCUUCUCUAGCAGCAGAAUAAGCUUCAGGGUAGGAGCUCUUAUUGCCCCAUUUUACUCAUGAGGAAAGUGAUUUGCCCAAGGUCACACCAUGGAUAAGUGGUGGAGCUGAGAUCUGAACCCUGGAGUCCCCAGCCUGCAGAUGUGCCAUGCUUAAGGUGUAAGGCCACAUUUGGGUUAGUGCUGGGAGGAAGCGGAAAGUGGUCAGGGAAGGGCAGCUGGCUAAUGAGUAGGGGGAUGAAUGUUCCUGUCCUCUGUGGGAUCCUACGCAAGCCUCAGUUUCAUCCUCUGUAAAACGGGAUGGUUGUACCUUCCAGAGAGCAGAUUUAAGGCAACCUUGGCCAUGGACCAGCCGGCUGGCCUGCAGGUCGACUACAUCUUCCGUGGUGUGGAGCAUGCCGUGCGGGUGGUGGUUUCUGGGCAGGUGCUGGAGCUGGAGGUGGAGGACCGGAUGACGGCUGACCAGUGGCGGGGCGAGUUUGAUGCCAGCUUCAUCGAAGAUUUGACUCACAAGACAGGGAACUUCAAACAGUUCAACAUCUUCUGUAACAUGCUGGAGUCAGCCCUCACACAGAGCAGUGAGUCAGUCACCCUAGACCUGCUGACCUACACAGACCUGGAGUCCCUGCGAAACCGCAAGAUGGGGGGCCGCCCGGGCUCCUUGGGCCCCAGGUCAGCUCAGCUCAACUCCAAGCGCUACCUGAUCCUCAUCUACUCUGUGGAAUUUGACAGGAUUCACUACCCGCUGCCCCUCCCGUACCAGGGCAAGCCCGACCCCGUGGUCCUGCAGGGCAUCAUCCGCUCGCUGAAGGAGGAGCUGGGCCGCCUGCGAGGGCUGGAUGGCCAGGCCGCUCAGGACACCCGGGAGACCGAGAUCUGGCACCUGCGGGAGCAGGUGUCGCGCUUGGCGUCUGAGAAGCGCGAGCUGGAGUGCCAGCUGGGCCGGUCGCGCGAGGAGGCUCUGGCCGGCCGGGCGGCGCGCCAGGAGGCCGAGGCGCUACGCGGACUGGUGCGUGGCCUGGAGCUGGAGCUGCGGCAGGAACGCGGCCUCGGGCACAGGGCUUCGGGUCGCCGCAGCCAGGACUGCCGCCGCCUGGCCAAGGAGCUGGAGGAGGUGAAGGCGUCGGAGCGGAGCCUGCGCUCGCGGCUGAGGACGCUGAACAGCGAGCUGGCUCUGUACAAACGGGGGAGACGGACUCCACCAGUGGUACUGGCCCGGGAGGACCGGGCUUCAUCGUCCCGCGAGCGCUCCACCUCUCGUGGCCGUGGCGCUGCUCGCUCCUCGUCCCGGGAGAGCGGCCGCGGAAGCCGGGGUCGGGGCCGCCCUGCCCGCCCCUCGCCCUCGCCCACAGGUGGCCGUGCGCUCCGUUUUGACCCCACAGCUUUUGUGAAAGCCAAAGAAAAGAAGCAGAGAGAGAUCAGGAUGAAGCAACAGCAGCAGCAGCGAAACCGCUUGGGCAGUGGAGGAAGCGGGGACGGCCCGUCGGUCUCAUGGUCUCGCCAGACCCGGCCCCCUGCUGCUGUGACUGGCCGAGGGGACGCAGCUAACCGCUCCCGAAACCGAAACCGCAGCUCUUCCGUGGACAGUUUCCGCAGCCGCUGCUCCUCCGCCAGCUCCUGUAGCGAGUUCGAGGACUUCUCAGAGUCGCUCUCCAGAGGCGUUCCUCGCCGUGGGAAGCCGCCUAGCCCCACACCCUGGAGUGGGUCCAAUACGAAGUCCACCCCCUUGGAACGUAGCCACCAUCAGAGACGCCUGGCCAACUCGGGUGGCUGGGUCCCCAUCAAAGAGUACAGCUCGGACCACCAGGCGGCCGACAUGGCCGAAAUAGAUGCCCGCCUGAAGGCCUUGCAGGAAUACAUGAACCGACUGGACACGCGGUCGUGACCGUGGAGAGGGGGUACUGCCCCUCCACCCCCCCACCCACUGCUGGGUAUGGCAUGGGGGGUGGGGCCAGGGUGGCAUUCCAGCCCCGCCCAAGCUCCAGUCCUCCUGGUGCUCCUGGGGUCUCAGGUGUGUGAGGCCUGGACCCCAUCCUCUCCCCAGGCAAGGCAUGCUGGGAGGGAGGAUACGUGCAUUUUGUAAAUAAACAUUUUUGCCUUUGGGACCCCUCA